GAAACAUAGUGGGCGUUUUUGGGAACUACGGAAUGUUCGUAACAUGGUAAAGUCACGAGGUUUGUGUCAGCUUUACUCCAUAAUAAAGCCACUCCGGACAGAGGGAAAGCCUGGUAUAUAUCCCCCAAAAACACGAGAAUAUACCAUAUAUGCCAAGGAGCAGCACCAUCAGCUCGACUAAUCAAUCCUAAUUUAAUAAAUGGCCGAGGAGAUGAAGAAAUAUCUACAUGACUUGAUGAACAGCACAGAAAAUGUGCUUGGUAUUGUUGUAACUGAUCGUGAUGGGGUGCCAAUACUAAGAGUUGCAGCUGAUGAUGUACCAGAACUGGCAAUGCGACCAAACUUUAUCUCAACUUUUAGUAUGGCCACAGACCAGGCUGGAAAACUUGGCAUGGGCAAGAAUAACAAGAUGGUGUGUAUAUAUGGAAACUAUCAAGUUGUACACUUCAACAAGCUGCCUAUGGUGGUGACAGUGAUAGCAACCAGUACUGCAAACACUGGAUUACUCAUGGACAUGGACAAGGAUAUUUCAGCCUUAGUAUCCCAGCUCAUGCAUGUUGUCGAUAUCUAACAUGUUAAGGUUUUCUUUAUCAGAUAUACCGUAAUCUCUACUGUAAAUGUGUGUUUCUCUCUUAUUAAACUGUUAUAUUAUGAU